CUCUGCCAAGCUGACUCACUACAUAAAAGCAAUACAAAACUAAGCAUCAAAUCGAUAAAAGCCAUUGUUGAAUGGCAAAAACAGGUGCUUGGGUAUGAUGGUUAUGUAGGCAAAAGGGAGCUGCUGAGGAGCAAGACGAAGGUAUCAGCCUGUCUGAAGAAACUUUUUAGGGUUCUCAGAAUGCCCCGCCCGCGGCGCAAAACAACCAGAUCGGCUUCCACCCCUCCUCUGCACAAACCAGCCAGGAACUCUGCCUGUCCACCAGCCAGUGGAACGUCCUCAGCGGACUACAGCACUCUAAAAAGGGUCCAGCUGCAACAACAAUGCAAGAAGGUGGGACUUCGAGCCACAGGAAAGAAUGCUGAACUUGUGGAAAGGUUGAAAGCCUUUCAUGGAGAGCCUCUGCUGAAAACAGUGGAAAGCAAAGAAGAGAAAACAGCCAAAGUUGAGGAGCAUUGCCAGAUUCAUGAGGCCCCUCUGACAGCCCCUCCUCUGGACCUGAUGAAGGAUGUGAAAACAGAGACGUCUGAGGAAAAAACAGACAUGAUCCGCGGAUGGUGCGUAGUCCAUGGAAUGGUGCUGUACCGUCCAUCAUCCAGCUGGGCUCCUCUCUUGCUUCGUGGAGGCUUGGUUUGUGUCCAGGAUGGAAAGAAGGUUGUCCCCUUUCACCUGCCUCCACUAAACAUCUCUGUCCCUGAAGGCUUGUCUGACAACUAUGUCUGUGAGGACUGUGUGGUCAGGAACCGAGAGAAGCCAAAGAGAUGUCUGUUGUGCCAGCAAAUGCCAACGAAAUGUAAUCUGGUUUGCUUGUCUCAGAAUCUCUUAAAGAACCUGACUCCUCCUCAGAAUAACCCAUCUCAACCUUCACUCCUUGAACCCAAUGGUGCUAAAGAUAAAAGAAGGACCACAGAGAUUAGGAAACUAUACCAGCCCCAAGAAGAUCAGGCUUAUGCCCAACGGGUGGAUGGGAUCCUUUCCCAGAUGGCUCGUGGCGAACUUGGUAUGGACCGGGCUUUGCGUCCACUCCAGCCCCUGGUUGUCCAUUCCCCAGCCCCUUAUGAAAGAUGAGCCACAUGUGGAGAAGUGGUUGGGAACUGAUAAAAGGACUGAGAAGGAAGAGGCAAUAAAAACCCUUUCUUUGGUUCUACUCCUUGUACAUAUGCCUAUAGAAUGCUUUCCCCCCUAAGCCUAUAGAAUGUUUAAAACAUUUUAAAAAUCAUGUCUGUU